CUUCAAGAUGACUUCAUCGUCCACAAUAGGUCUGAGGUUCACCAAUCAUCGCUCAGACAACCUCCAACAUCCAUACAACUCGUAUUGCGAGGCCACGGGCAUCGCACGGUCGUUCCUUCCGUUCCUGCCCACAACCCCGCCCAACACUCCCCAUAGAGUUCGGAGGAAGUUUCUAUUUCAUGAUGGCGGGGAAGCUGACCGGACUUGUGACAGGUCGGAAUAAAACCCGUAUUACAUGUCCUCAGGCCAUAUGACGAACAACUUAACCCAAGCAGUCGAAAUGAUGUCGCAAUGGCCACAAAAUACUCACAUCCCAACACAUCUCCGGACGGGAAACCUUAAUUAAAAAGCCUUCCACCUCCCAAUUACUGCUUCCCCUUCUCAUCCUCCUUCUCACCCACAACCUCAUCGCACCAUGCGAAGAUUUCCCACCACCAUCCCCUUUAGAAUCACCAAACCAACCGCUUCUGCCACUCGGUCCCACCACCUCCCCCGCUCAAUCACCCAUCAACAAACCCGGCCAAUCUCAUCAACAAUGUCUCUCUUCCACCCGCGCUCCCUCUCCCACCCCUCCUCCUCUUUCGGUUCCCAACCCACCUUCUCCUCCCUCUUCCGCAUGCUCGACGAUUUCGACAAAUACGCCCAACAAGUCGGCUCCUUGGUCCCUUCCAACAUCGGUUCGUCCUUGCUCCCUUCGUCCAGCACCGGAAUGGAGACCUUCAACCCCAAGUUCGACGUCACCGAGGAAGACUCGACCUACACCCUCCAAGGCGAGCUGCCAGGCGUGGACCCCAAGAAUGUCGAAAUCGAGUUCACCGAUCCGCACACCCUCGUCAUCUCCGGGCGCGUUGAGCGCACCCGUACCGAGGGAGACCCCAACCUGCGUCUGGGCAGCUCUACCGAAAGCAAGAAGAUUGAGGGUUCGGAGAAGGAUAAGAGCAAGCAGCAGCAGGGCAAGGAGGAGAAGAAGGAUACCAGCGGCAAGGAUGAGAGUGCCGAGAGCAAGCCCGGUCCGAGGUACUGGGUGAGUGAGCGCAGCUAUGGAGAGUUUAGGAGGGUGUUUACCUUCCCGACCAAUGUUGAUCAGGAGAAGGUCGAGGCCAAGUUUGAGAAUGGAAUUUUGAAUAUCAAGGUGCCCAAGGCGGAGAAGAAGGGGAGCAAAAAGAUUUCUAUUCAGGGUUGAAUGGCCCGUUCUGGAAACACGGAGUGGUGGAAGACGAAUGGGAGGGAGGGUUGGUGACGACCUUUUCAAGGAUGACAUGAUGGGAAUUUGGAAGAAGUUUGUAACUUACGGCUGUCUGACUCGGAGGAUAUAAUCGCUGGUUGGUCUUGGACUCGGAAAAUGAUGUGUUGUUAUCUGUGCCUGUAAAUACGACUGCGAGUAACAAGAAAAAACACCCGUAUCAGAUUCUCGA